AGGGGGCGGAGACCCAAGAUGGCGGCCAUGGCCUUGGCGACGGCGCGGCUGCUGCUGCGCGGCUCGGGCUCGUGGCGCCGCUCGCGGCUGAGGUCCGGAGCUCCUCCACACAGACAGUCCAGUAGUGGCAGCGCCUGUGCCAACAUCCCGCUCUCAUCCCCCUUACCCGGAGUGCCUGAGCCUGUUUUUGCUACAGUCGAUGGACAGGAGAAGUUUGAAACCAAAGUCACCACGCUGGAUAAUGGGCUUCGCGUGGCCUCCCAAAACAAGUUUGGACAAUUUUGUACAGUAGGAAUUCUUAUUAAUUCAGGAUCAAGAUAUGAAGCAAAAUAUCUUAGUGGAAUUGCUCACUUUUUGGAAAAAUUGGCAUUUUCGUCGACGGAUCGAUUUAACAGCAAAGAUGAAAUUCUGCUUACGUUGGAAAAGCACGGGGGUAUUUGUGACUGCCAGACAUCAAGGGACACCACCAUGUAUGCUGUGUCUGCUGACUCUAAAGGCCUGGACACGGUGGUUGGGUUGCUGGCUGACGUGGUCCUGCACCCCAGGCUCACAGAUGAAGAAAUUGAGAUGACCCGAAUGGCUGUCCAGUUCGAGCUGGAGGACCUUGACAUGCGGCCUGACCCAGAACCGCUUCUCACGGAGAUGAUUCAUGAGGCUGCUUAUCGGGAAAACACAGUCGGCCUCCACCGUUUCUGCCCCACAGAAAACAUAGCAAAGAUUGAUCGAGAAGUGCUUCAUUCAUACCUGAGAAACUACUACACCCCCGACCGCAUGGUGCUGGCUGGAGUCGGGGUGGAGCAUGAGCACCUGGUGGAAUGUGCCAAAAAGUACCUCCUGGGAACCCAGCCGGCCUGGGGGUGUGAGAGCGCUGUGGACGUUGACGGAUCGGUAGCACAGUACACUGGGGGGGUUGUCAAGCUGGAAAGAGACAUGUCCAACGUCAGUCUGGGUCCUGCCCCGUUUCCUGAGCUCACGCACAUCAUGAUAGGACUGGAGAGCUGUUCCUUCUUGGAGGAAGAUUUCAUCCCCUUCGCCGUCCUGAACAUGAUGAUGGGGGGUGGCGGCUCCUUCUCAGCCGGUGGGCCUGGCAAAGGCAUGUUUACCAGGCUCUACCUUAACGUGCUCAACAGGCACCACUGGAUGUACAACGCGACCUCGUACCACCACAGCUAUGAGGAUACGGGCCUCUUGUGCGUGCACGCCAGCGCCGACCCCAGGCAGGUUCGAGAAAUGGUGGAAAUCCUCACGAAGGAAUUUAUUUUAAUGGCUGGAACUGUGGACGUGGUGGAGCUGGAGCGGGCCAAGACCCAGCUGAUGUCCAUGCUCAUGAUGAACCUGGAGUCCAGGCCUGUGAUCUUUGAGGACGUAGGGAGACAGGUGCUGGCGACCCGUUCCAGGAAACUGCCUCACGAGCUGUGCACGCUCAUCCGCUGUGGUCCCAGGUCCCUCCUCGGGAGGCUGGGCUGCGUGAGCAGCUGCCGCCCUACGAAGCCCUGGGAGGGGGUGUUUUUUCCAUCCCCGCAGCCUCUCCAUGUGGGUAGCUCUGCAGACAAGGAGCUGUUGCAUUAUAGCGUGAAGCCGGAAGACAUCCGGAGAGUUGCCUCUCAGAUGCUUCGCAGGAAGCCCGCAGUGGCGGCCCUGGGUGAUCUGAGCGACCUGCCAGCCUACGAGCACAUCCAGGCGGCAUUGUCCAGCAGAGAUGGGCGCCUGCCCAGGAUCUACCGGCUCUUCCGCUAGAGGCUGCCGGACACGUGGCCCGACUGCAGCUGCGGGAGCCGCGUGUGUUCAUAUGUUUCUCUGUGGGUGUGAGUUUACUGCAAAGAUUCAUAAAUGGUGCAAACCACGGGACUCUUAAACUUGGACAAAUUUAAUGUCGCUGAGCACAGCUCAGUUUCCGGUUCUUUGCUGUUGAAUAGGCCACUCGGUGGAAUAAAGGUUUGCCCUCACUGUGGCUAGAAACCAGUGGAGUGCAAGAAGGUUCAAGGCAGACUGUUGUCAGGGAGCAGGUCAGCGUUCUUGCUGCCGUCCUGCGCUCCCGGAGAUCAGCAGUGCCACACUGUCUCCCCACAGUCGGCCCCCGGGGCAGGGCAGGAGCCCCUGGUCUGCUUCGUGGAGCGUUUUUCUCAGCACGGUUUUCCUUCACCUUCAGUAAGGAUGGGGUGUCUGCAGUAGCAGCAGCAUCCCUGAAACGGCUGGAAGCGGGCAAGUGGGGUAUCUCCCUCAGGGUCGUCCGGUUGGACCCAAUGUUGCGAGGCCUCUUGUACUUUGUUCUGAUUGCGGGCAUGUCUGAGCACACAGGACGGGAGGCAGACUCAGUGGCCAGUGGGGAGAGCAAAGCCGGGAACGUGCUGGAAAGUGAAGGCGCACUAGAUUCAGCCGGUGCGCGUGGCCGUGUCAGGAGUGCCGCAGGGCCCGGUGACUAGUAACAUGGGCUAGCUUUGUUAGCUUUGUGGUUCUCCAACAUGAAUGCGUGUAGAGUCCCCAGGAGCCCGUGUGGGCCACCUCUUGUAGCUGCAGGGCUGCUGCUGUCCCCAGCAUUUGGCAGCUGGGGAGAGAGCCGGCCGCACGGGCAGGAGGGCAGGGCUGUUCCGAGAUCGACAUGUAAAUGUUACUUGGGUUAUUUGAUCCACUUAUUCUGCCGGAGCCCAUUGUCCUGUUUAGGUGCCUUUCCAGCACACGUGCCAAUGACUACAUUUGCUGGGGGGGGCGGUGCACAACAGGGAUGCCAGGCCCUCCAUGCCCGCUGGGGUGGGGCCCGAGGGAGACGAGCCUGAGUUGGAGGGCGGGUGGGCAGCAGUGUGGACUGCCUUGUCGUUUCUGUGGUUACCCCAGGGGGAGGGCAGCACCCAGGGGAGAUAGAGGGCAGGAGUUUGUCCGCACUGCAGGCAUGCAGUGGGGUGGGGGGUGGGGGGGGCAGGGCUCGUGAAGACAUGAGGCCUGGGUGGAUGUUGGGGCCAGCUGAAGUGCUGCCCAGACCCAGGGUCAGGAAGCUGGUGCUAACCUGCCUGUACUACUUCCCACUGGCUUCUCCCCUGACCCUGUCAUGGCCUGGCACCUCUGCUCCCCUUGGCAUGCGGCUGUGCCCCCUCCCUGUUCUCGGCUCCACGCAGCCUUUGGGGCUGGCUGCCGCAGGCUCAGCAGGUGCCCGAGGGAGGCCUGGCGCCAGCAGAACGCAUGGAGGCGAUGAGAGCCGGGUCAUGAAAACCACCCUCAUGCUGUGCUUCUCGAUUCUUGGUGAAGCUGGUUUUCAGAGACUGGCCCGUGUCUUCAUGCAUCUGAAUCUUAACCCCACUUUCUAAGUGAAACCUGUUCAUCUCAAAUCUCCUGGCUGCUCUUAAAGGAGUGUCCUGACUUGGGACCCGUGACCCCUCAUGUGUCAGCGAUCCCCAUAAGACACAAAGCCCCGUCUCAAGCCAGACUCCAUGCUGCGCCAUCACUGUCCUGUCGGUCAGAGAUGGUGCCUGGGAAGAUGCAUAAAAAUGCCUCCUCUCCAGGCCCCUCACCGCAAAAAUCUGUAACAGACAUUUUCAGAUCAUGAUUCAAAACUCAACAGCACAUUUCUUUGAGUAAAAUUUUAUACAGUCAAGUUUCUUGAAGUCCGAUGGGGUUGACUGGACCUUCUCAUGAACAGACUCUCCCCUCUGUGUCAGAGACUGGGUGUGCCUGGUUCCGUGUUGUGGAAGUGGGCACUAAUAAGGGGGGUACACAUGCCCUGUG